AUGGAGCAGGAACGAACUAAUGCUCUUAGAGAGCAGUUGCAAGGAGUCAACCAGCACCUUACUAAUGUCGUCCGGGAGGUUAAAGACCGUUCAGGAGGCAUUAUUAAUGAGUGUGAGACGCUGAUCCAAGGUGUGAUUGGCGCAAAUGCGCAGGUAGUGGCUCCUGGUGGCGAUACACCUAGUGAGGGGAGUGGAAAGCAGUCGGGCGUAGGUAGAGGGGCUCAGUCAAGAGGUGCCCCAACUAGAAGAAGCCAGAGAGGAGGUUUCCAGAGAGGUUCGAGUUCGGCAUCCCGUGGACCCUGUGGGUAUUGCGGAAAGCCGAACCACACAGAGGACAACUACUGGAAGAAGGAAGGAAAGUGUCUGCGUUGCGGAAGUGCAGACCACCAGCUUGCCACCUGCCCGAUUCUAAAGCAAGAUGGAAAGGGGAGUCAAACGCCGCCGAAGUCCAAUUCUGGACCAGCUAAGAUGGACGGGAAGAAACCCAAGGUGUCGGCUCGAGUGUACUCAUUAGAGCCACAACAGGUCCCUGACUCUUCCGAGGUCGUAGAAGGUACGAUCCCUAUAUUCCAUCGAUUUGCGAAGGUCUUAGUAGAUCCUGGUGCCACCCAUUCCUUUGUUAACCCCAAUUUUAUGUUUAGUAUUGAUAUAAAAUCUGCUAGUCUACCUUAUGACCUAGAAGUUAGUAUGCCUACUGGGGACCAUUGUCUGAUUACCAGUAUGGUUUACAAGGACUGUGAAGUUUGGGUAGGAGAGAGAAAAUUGCUAGGAAAUUUGAUAAGCCUGUCCAUUAAAGGGUACGACGUGAUUUUAGGCAUGGACUGGCUAGCCAGGUAUAAUGCUCAAUUAGAUUGUAAGAAGAAGGUGGUAGAGUUUCGCAUUCCUGGGGAGACGACUUUAAGGUUAGAUAUAAGGGGAAGGUUAGCCUCAUCUGCCUUGAUCUCGGGGAGCCGUGGUCUUCUCGAAAUUAGAUCUUUGACAGGGGUAUUACCAAUUGUUGAUUAG